GUUCCUGGGGUUCUGACUAAAUAGCGGGUAUAUUUAGUGUUUAAUCUUAUUUAACUCAAAGGUAAAAGAUGUAUUAUCUUGUUAAAAUGAUUAUCAGUUAAUUGAAAAUUUUACCCAUAUGGUAUCCGAUAAAGCUUUCACUACAAACUCGGGAAAAGAAACGCUACUAUUUUUAUUUGGAAUCAACUUAUUUGUCAACAUUUCAAUUAGUGAAACCAAUAUGGCUCCUACAAACGUGAAGCUGAACUCAGUUGGGGCUGCUGCAUGCUUCGCAUUUGGGCUUUGUAUGGUUAUUUAUAUUGUCGGGUUUCCUGACUGGUUUCAGAAAGAAAAGAAAAUUAGUUUAAAGGAACUUUUGUCAGUAAGCAUUGCUCUUGUUGAGCGAGGUGGAACUCGGGUGCGCGAGAUACGUGAACGUAACACGUUGGCAGACAGAUCAAAAGGUAAAACAAAGGAAGGUGCCGAGGAAGUGCUCACAGAAGGUGACUUAGAAUCGCAUAGGUCUAUUGUGUACGGAUUCGCCAAGACUUUCCCGGGACUCCAGGUUAUAUCUGAAGAGUCGGAUAUUAGACCAGUCAGUUUUCGAUUCAUAGACAAUGUUAAUUCAAAUAAUGAGGAAGUGGAGAAAUUAGUCAAAAGUGAUAUGUCAGUGCCAUUUAAUAAGGUGUCUGUUUGGGUUGACCCACUAGAUGCUACUCAAGAAUAUAAAGAGAAUUUGAGGGAGUAUGUGACAGUGAUGAUAUGUGUGGCCGUCAAUGGGCAGCCAACCAUUGGAGUCAUCCACAAACCAUUUGAGAAAAAAACAGUGUGGGCUUGGGUGGGUGUUGGACAUUCCUCUAACCUCCAAACUAUCAAAAACAGUCGGGAAGAAGGUGAUCCUCACAACAUCAUCAUAUCCCGCUCCCACACAGGAGAUGUGGCCGACAGUGUCCGCAAAAGUUUGGGAAAUAAUACCCAUAUUAUUUUUGCAGGAGGGGCAGGUUUUAAAACACUAGAAGUCAUAGAAGGGAGAGCUGAUGCUUAUGUACACACCACAAGAAUAAAGAAGUGGGAUAUAUGUGCUGGGAAUGCCAUUUUAUCUGCAUUUCAUGGGAAAAUGACUACUUUAGAAGGGGCAUUCAUAGACUACUCUUCUCGAAAAGAAGUGAGAAAUAAUGAUGGUUUGUUAGCAACUCUUUAUGAUCAUUACAAAUAUUUAGAACAACAUGUCGCCAAACCAAUGGAGCACAACAAAGAUAUAAGGUAGUGGAAGAUUUAGCGUGAGAUGGUGGAAGCCUCAGCAUAGGAGGAAGAUAGAGCAUCAAAAGGUGGAA